UCCGAUCUGAAAAUGUGGAGCCAUCUCCUCUACGCAGCUAAACUUUCCUUACUUCUCCCGCUCCUGUUCCUCGAAGCAGGCAGCGACAGUGGAGGACAGACGACGGUGCGCGCAGUGAAGGUUUCUACGCCUUCUGUUGACCAAAGUCUAAAUUUGACUUCGUCCUUCUUUGAACCGACGUCGCACCCCGGGAAUGAAGUAGUAGCAGUGCCAGGUCCCGCAAAGAUGGACUGUCGAGAUGGACAAUUCCGCUCCGUGCGGCAGGCUCAUGUGGGAUCUUUUCUUUGUGGGAUAGAUGUGCAUUUAAGAAAUGUUGCUUUAUAUUUAUACAAAGCAUUCAAAAACAAAAUCAUCUUCGGAGAGUACGACUUCUGCAAUUUUCUGUCGGAGGUCGCUCUCUGUGACGAACAAAUUCUAGCUGAUGGUUUCACCAGUCAUAAAACUCUUCGUUCUGAUAGAUCCUGCAUUUUUUAGUGCAGUUGCAGCCGCAGAGUCGCAGAGCAAGGCUCUCUCAUUAAGCAUGAUGAACGCAGUCGGCGUUACUUACAUGCACCUUUACUUGCUUGCGCAAAGCAACAGUGACAGGGCUCUCUUGAUGACACUACAUACCACUUGUAUUUAUGUAAAAACAAAGAGCCGAUGAACAAGCUCAUCAUCUGUUUCACGACGUUGAAAGAUUCCCACCUGACGCUGGUAUACUGGGUGGAAAAAAACUGGGACGCGGUCUACCAUAUCAACUGCAAAGCUCUACUGUAGUUGAUAUGAAGUUUUCGUAGAAAAAAUGCCGUAUUUUUGAUCUUCACCACGAACCAGUCGUCAUGUUGAAUGUGCCAAAUAACUUAGGGCAAUAUGCUUGUAUACUUACAAAAAUAUUUUUGCUAUAGUCUUCCAAUGAAAAUGAUCCUAAAGAUGCGCGCUACCAGGGGCAGUGAAUCAGCAUUCUGCAUUCUUUCCAACCACGUGAAGAUCUUCACUGAGACUGAAAUUAAAAACUAUGUAAAUGCUUUUAGUUAAUAGUGCUAGGUCUACUUAUAUUAUUUCCGACACUUCUGCCGGAAAAAGUUGACAGCUUUGCAGUGGAUAUGCAGAGACGUAGCGCACUUAAGGGGCAGUCGUCCCGGAUAUGCUCCUCCGGGUCCGGAUCAGCACGCUAGCUUGGGAUUGCUGCCUCCGGAUAUAGUUUGCCAAGGCAGCUACAGUCAAGCUUCUCGCGUGCGCGUGGAUGUGUUGCUGGAUACGCUGACCGGACUUGCCGACGAUGCGCUACUGAGCCACUACAAAAGAAGCGCCGCACAGAACAUGGCGAGAUGGGCAGAGGAGGCUGAGAUCAAGAACCGCAAGAAGGUCGGGACAGAGCCACUGGAGUUGCGCGUCGUUGAGGGCGAUUCCCUGCUAGCGGCACGGUACUUCUCGCAAUACUACGGCGAAACUUUCACGGUUUUGAACAUGGCCAACGCAGAGAGGGUCGGGGGUGGAGUGAAACAUGGCGCAGCCGCGCUAUCAAAUGUAAAAAUGUCUGGGUCUGCAACAAAGCAACUUCUCAUGCUAAAUCUGAAUCAUGUAAAACUAAAAAUCUGUGUUGCAUGAUUGCCAAAAGCUGCCCACUUUUGACCUAAUCGAGAGGCAGUCAGUCUCUCAUGCAGGACCACAGGCAUGAUAGAACGCUCACAGAUGAAUCUGUCAUGCUAUGUCCUACAUGACAGACCUCGUUGGUCAUGGAAAAUAACCUGUGUGGCAACUACAAGUCUGGAACUCUUCCAGACCCGGACACUUUUGCAGUUGAUACGCGCAGGAAGAAAACUUAUUUCGCCGCUCGGACUGCUUGGACACCAUUGGAUCGGAUGAAGUGGUAUGCAUUGCAAAAGUGUCUGGGUCUGGAAGGUUGCAACUUGUGAUGCUGUUUUUGGACUCCAAAAAAAUUUGUAUUGCAUGACGAGCAAAAGGGGCACAAUUUGCGCCACACGGAGAGGGCAUUUCUCAUGCGGAAGGUGCAUCAGGAAGCCCUCUAAAAGUCUGCGAUGCUAGGUCAUGCAUUACAGGCAUCAUGGGUCAUGAGAAAUAUGCAUGACAAAUCUUGCAUUCUUCCAGACCCAGACAUUUUUGCAUUUGAUAAGUGGUGCCGGGGCUUCCGCACGCAUACACCCCCGAGUCCACCGCCUUGAUCAAUGGAGAGGGCGGAGCGGUUAUUACAAUGAAAAAUGCCCCCUCCCCAUAUCAAAACGGAAAUCUGUGAUGCAGAUUUGUGGUCACAAAUCAGCUUUGUGAUGCUAGAAGGCAAAUGAUGCGGAUUGUAGUGCUGUCUAGCGUGGGAAAGCCUUGCAGCUCCAGGAUGACAGGAGGCAGCUGGAAGUGGGAAACAGCAUGACAGAUUACCUGCAAUUUAGGCCGCAGCUUCGUCUCUUGGCCUUCUAGCAAUACAAGUCGAUUUGUGUACUCAAAUACAGCAUCACAAAUUCGCGCAUCUUCCGUUUUCGAUAUGGGGUGGGGGCUUUUUUUACUUUGAUAGCGGUCUACCUGGACGUGGACGACCCGCGCGUUUGCGUCAAGGGCGAGGAGGACCGGAGCGAUCCUGUAUCUAUCGCAAAUCUCAUUUGUUCUGGGUCUUGCAAGGUUGUAAAACUUUUCGAAGGAACUCAGAAUAGCAAUAGUACAUGACUCAAACCCGGUCUGUGAUGCACGUUCUGAAACAGCGCUCCGUCUCUGUUAUGCGAAAAUGCGGACUCAUCUCAUGGUCAUGGCUUGCCACGCGGAGGGACCCGCAAUUGAAAUUUUUGUACACGCAAGUUCAAAAGUUUGUGAUGCUUGGCUCAGUAAAAGAAUAUUAUAGGCUACUGCCUAUUAUGUGCAACUUUGCAUAGAAGAGGACCCAGACAUGAUAUUUGUUGUUGAUAUCCCCUGACCCUGGGAUACAAGUGGUUGCCCUUCGACGAGGCCUUCUUGUGGUAUGAACUGCGCGCUGCAGCCAUAGAUUUACCAAAACGUCUAACAAGUUACGGCGUCAACUAUCAACAGCAAAAGCAAAGCAUGGAAGAGCGCAUCCGCGCCCAGUUUGCUACGCUGAGAGAGAAACGCCAGAAGUUCGCCAUCCUGUCUGCCUUCGGCUGUGGGGCGUUCGGAAACCCUGCAUUGGAUGUGGCGCAGCUCUAUAAGAAGGUGAUUGACGAAGAGCAAGCGAAAGACGCUUUCUUCCACGGCGGCGUCAUCAUCUUCGCAAUUCUUCCUGAUCAAAACCCCUCAGUAAAAAACGAACUUAUAUUCGCGCAAGAGUUGCUCGGGGGUAAAAGCGCAACACCGGACAAGUUGGGAGAUCCGUCAGCGCUGGCGGAAGCCCCGGCUCUAGGAAUUGCAACUGCGCCUCCAGCAGUCAUGGGUGGGGUUGCAGGCGAGCCAGACGGGCGAGAAAGUCUAACGUCGACCAUGGAGCACAAUUGUGCUUCCGCGAAAGUACGGCAACGAAAAAUACAUUUUUCGAAGAAACUCUUUUUGCUUCCGCAUAUAAUUUGAGGAGACUUCUUCAAAGGCAUGCAAUUAUACCAAUAUGGCAGUCGCAGAAUAUAAUGAAUAGGCCAGCGUGAAGGUCUAGAGGCGGCUUACUAGUAGUUAAGUGAAUAGUCUGAAGACAGAAGGAGCAGAUGAUCGGUCCCAGGAGCAGAUACCCGAGGAAUCCGUAACGCAGCGCGCCACUGGUGCUGCGCUGCCUAUGUUCUGUCUUCAGACUAGCUAUCUCGGAAAGCCUUUACAGAUGUAGAUGUUGUCUGCAUGCAUUGCCUUUUCGCCGCCAAAUUUCUAUCUACUUAUUGCUAUAUGGUAACUGACCUGACCAAAAAAAACUGUUUUUUGAAAAAUAAAGUAUUUGCCAUUUCCAUAGUAAGGCGGAUUGGUUUUAAAAAAGUGGAACCGGGCGUUUUAAGACAAAAAUGGCGAAUCAGGAACACCGUCGUACCCCGGCUACGCCCCUCCGACAGGAUGGAACAUCCAAG